CUACAUAAGAUUCUUCCCCUAACCAUUUCGCUCAACCCUAAUCCGACAAGACAGAUACUCUUUCGAGACAAAUGUCUGCGCUGGGUGUUAUCCCGAUGCGGGCAUCCGGCCUUCCUAAUGCGGUCUUACCCUUCUGUCCAGGACCUUCUCGACUAGAUGAGUACCCUUACUGGUACCGGCAUCCUUCAGCCCCAUCAUUCCUCAUCUGCACCCGCUGUCACGCCGACUAUAUUCAGCGAAGUCCAUUUGAACCCUCCUUCGAGCGCUUCACUCCGGCAUUCAUCGACCGGGGCAAUGUAUGCCUUUUUGGUGAGCGCCCGCACAUCAUUAAAGUUCUCUGGCCCGCAGUCUUGCGCAUUGGAAACCUUGGACUUCUCCUUGAUUACAUGAAUCGCCGCGCUCCGAUCCACAAUUGCCGAAAUGUUCUCGAUAAGCGGCCGCUGUCCAUGUUUGCCGCUUCGGAAGUACCAGGUCUUUUCCUCUGUGAAGGAUGUUACCUGGACUAUGUGGAGGGAUCAUUCUUCCAGUGGCGAUUCUCGCCCGUUUCGGCAUACCUCCAGGACAAGAAAGAGACUUGCGUGAUGAAUACUAGCGUGAGCCUCGGGUUGGAGAGACUGUUGGAAAAAUAUGCUAGUGCACAGGACUGGAGCGGUUUUGUCGCUGACUGGGUCGCCCGGAAGGCCCUCCCCGGUUGUUCCUCUACGCCCGAGAAGGCAUCCUCUAGGAAAUGGUUCGUCUCGAUUUUCGACCUGCAACUGUACGUCUGUGAGACGUGCAUGUGGGACCAUAUUAUCCCACGCAAAAUGCCAUUCCAUGAGGAUUUCAUCCCUGUGGAGGCUGUUCCCGAAUCCCAAGGCAGCCAUCUCGUUUGCUCUAUGAGUGACUUUUGCGGUGUCGCCUUGUCCUAUGCUAUCAACUUAGCUGACGCCUUGAAGAGCAAGAUCAGGUUCUGGAAUCUGGUAGAGGCCAGUCGCAAAGCCCCCGCUUGCGGCAAGAAUCCGGUUACUGCCGGAGGAAACGCUGGUUCGUGGGUGUCGCUUGUUCCGGAUGGUAGCCUGGCCGUAUGUCCCUUUCACGCGUCCCACUUCUUAUUCCCCGAGUUACAGUCCUAUCUCGUAAAGGGUGCUCGACCGACUUCAAUGUGUGCACUCAACGGAAACUUUUCUGAGCUUGCGCUCCUGGUGUUCCACAAGCUCCACUGCCUCCUGUACGCGGGGGUAGCCGCCGAUUUCCUGAAUGGGGCCGAGACCUUAGCAACCUUGCCUCCGUGUCCUAGAAACAAUGCAAUUAAGAAUGGGCGAUGGUUUAUGAUAGGGGCGGCAAACGCAUGUCCACGGUGUUGCAUGACCUUCUUCCUAGGCAUACAAAUCAGCCUUGGUCUUGUUUUUCCAGACGGUCAUCUCAAAGGCCCGACCAUAGGAGUCCCGUCGCUUACGUCGUGCGAUUUCUCGUCUAUAAGAGUACGGCAAGCUUAUAUCGAGGCAUGCAAGAAGGGUGAUGCGUCAGGGUUGCUGGCGCUGGCCAAAACGAGAGACGAGAUCCGCGCCAGCUUGAUCUUGGCCAGAGGCAAGCGAGACCUGGCUUACAAUGGCGCUCUACACAACGCGGUGCUAGGCACCGCGUAUGGCGGGUUAGAUAGCGCGUUAACUGCAGCCGGAGCUGACGGUGCCUAUCUCCACGGGAAUAGUAGGCUGGGUUGGUAUAACACGACGGAAGGUGCUCAGAGCGCAAUGUGUUUCGAUGCAAUGCAGCAGGGCUUUGGGAAAGCUGGCGAUAUGUCUGUGACUAUGGAGAUUGCCCGAUUAGAGGCUCUCUGGAAAGAAGUCGAAUAAAGCGGUGGGAUGUUGACUGUUGUCAAAUUCACAGCCUAGCAGCAUGUCGUGCGUUCUAAGGUGGAUAUGUGAGGAUUGGAAGCGAUAGAGUGACUGCGGUAGCCCUUGUCGCACGUGUCUCACGCGAUACCAUACCUAUGUACUGCACUAUGCACUUAUUAAGACUAGCUCCUUUCUCGUACAGUAUAUGUUCAGCCCAGAGCUCUCUCAAGCUCCUUAGACCUUACAAUACACUUGUAACGGCACAGGCAAGACAAUGGGUCCGAAUGCGGUAUGAAUCC